GAGAUCGAACGAGAUGAAGAAAAGCGCGAUGGAAGAGUGGGAAAAGGAAGGGAAAAAUCGUAUGAGAGAGAGAAGGCAUCGCGUUAGAAGAGGAGCGGAGGAAAGUACGGAGACUGCGUGAGAGUGGGAAAACGUGGGGGUGAGGUGGAGAUGCGAUAGAGCGAGGCUGGUCGGAGAGGGAGGCAUCGACAGAGACAGAGAACGAGGGUUGGUUUGCCGAGCUCAGUUACGCCGCGCCCCUUGCGAUGAGCGUUACACCGCACGAGUGAGAUCGCGGUGUCUCCGAAAAGGCGAUCGCUCUCCUUUUCUUCACACUGCCAUUUUUUCUUUCUUUCUCUCUCUCUCUCUUUCGUGGCGGUGCAAAUAACACGGCGUGACUGUUGAAAAGCUGGGAAAAUCCCCUAGCCCCUGGCCUUGUAAGGGAACAGGUGCGUUAGGUGCACGUGUUUCCCUAUCGAAGAAAUUGACGAUCGAGCACUCACGCCAAAAAAUCUGUUACUUUCUCUUUCUUCAAUUACAAAAAACGCAAUUGCCAAUAUAAUUUGCUCAAACUGCCCGUAAAUAUCUUAGGGUGGAAAAGGCGCGAGGAAAUUACAAGGUGGUCUCGCGCGGAGAUUAAGUGUGUUAAAAAACUAACGAUUGGAAAACGUGCGACGAGUAUAUGUACAAAUUAUACGCACUUUUCAAUCUGGUGCAUGACGAACAAUGUAGUUUCUGAUUACCAUUGGUGACCGGGGUGAUAGCUCAUUCCUGUGCAAAUAUUCGUUCGCUCAAGAGACAUUCACCAAGAUAAAGCACCGUUUAAAUCGAAAUAACUCAGCCGUAAAACCGUGCGAAUCGUCGUCUACGAGAAAGAACUUGAACUCCAGCCGUUUGAAUUCGAAAGUUAUUCUUACAUUACCAAGGGGGAGCGGACAAAUGCUUGUAACGAUGUAGAAAUGUAGUGGCAAAGGUUUAACAGAUAAGACUUCAAAGAAAGAAACAGGAACAUGAUUGAGUGAGCCACGCGUGAAUUUGUUUGAAAAGUUUCCGAACAGGAAGAUAUGAAGUAGCCGAAACUUUCGAAAUCUUGGCCGCGCAGAGUUGAAUUGGAUGAAGCGAAGUUGUGAAACGGUUCAGUUCUGAGGCCAAUCCAUCAAAGAUAUAAAUGGAAUGAGGUGUUACAUUUCACCAGGUACCGUCGCCGAGGGACAUCCUAGAAAAUUCCACAGUGUCCAGCAUGCAAUUGAGUUACAAUGCAGUUACUACUUCGUUGCUACACAUCAUAUCCAUGAUGGCGAUGUCGAGGCCGUGGUGCACAGGCCGCUGCAACGGGAAUAGAUAAGGCAGCGAGGGGCCGCGCACCGAGCCAGUCAUGUGUAGUGUCAUGUGGCUUCUUCGGCUCCUGACGAUCUACCGCUUGGCUCACCUCUCGGCAUCCGGUACGCAGACAGAACUGCCUCUGGGGACGGAUUCGAUUUCGACGAAAUCGACGACGGCGAAGCGAUCUGUGCCGACGGAUGCACCGAUGCUGAACUACAUCUUUGAUACGCACAGCACUCUGAACAAGCAUCAGCAUCAUCACGAUCACAAAUGGGGUCCUCACUUCGAAGGCGAGAGCUCCAACAUCACGGUGCAGGCUGGUGCUAGUGUCACACUCGAUUGUAGAAUAUCGUUGCUGCAGGACAAAACCGUGUCCUGGCUGCGACGGCAGGAGAGUAGUGAGAAGAUGAGGUUGCUGACAGUAGGCCAGCAGACAUACACGGGCGAUCCAAGAUACACUAUCGAAUUUCAGUACCCGGACAACUGGCGUCUGCGUAUCAAGCGUGUUAACAGCAGCGACGAGGGCCAGUACGAGUGUCAGAUCAGUACCCAUCCACCAAAGUUCAUUCAUGUCAACCUACACAUUAACGCGCCGUCCGUCCAAAUAGUGGACGCCCUGGGCGAACCACUGCGGGACAAGUACUACGAAGCUGAUAGCACCAUCGAGCUAUUGUGCGUCGUGCGUCAUAUAGCGAUGCAGGUGCAGUACAGCGUCGUCCAGUGGCUCCACGGCAAUAGAGUCUUGAACUACGAUACGACGAGAGGCGGUAUCAGCGUGAAAACGGACCUGAUGGAAGAGGGGGCCAAUUCGACUCUCAGCAUAGCUAAGGUCGGACCUAUGGAUAGCGGAAAUUACACCUGCCAGCUUACCACCAUGCCGGACCAACCUGCCACAGUUCACGUACACGUUUUAAACGGAGAAAGUUUAGCCGAGUUACAUCAUAGCGGUGCACGAUUCGUACGGGCGGACGCUGCCAGCACAUCGCUAUUCUUCCUGGCCGUCGUUCUAGCCCGAUCGGGUCAGGUGCUCAGAUGAAGGCUCGACCAGCUUCCUCGGGUACCACGAGAUCCGCCCGGGUUGGCGAGAGAGCACUUCGCCAAAGGCGACAACAAACGGACAGUGCCCCACAACGGUGAACGGAACGAUAUCACCUGUGCACCGCACGAACUUUUCUAUUAUCGUGACGGGAGUGGACGCGAGGGCCAAAGAGGGUGUGUGUUACGUUAACAUAUUACGUUGACAUAAGGAACGUAAGACGUAGACGAAACAGAGGCGGUUGGCUGCGUUGUCUCGGAACGUUUAUUCUAAACGCGAUAUGGACCGUUCAGCAUUCGCAGGAUUCAUGUUGAAGAGGUAUGUCCGUAUCGCGAAAUAAUACCUUCGUCAAUUCUCAGCGCAAUUUUAUUCGAGCGAUUAUACAAAAGGGAUUUAAAUUUUUCAUGAUUCAGGAUAGACGCUUCGGUGAACGAUCGGUUUUAACACCAUUUUAGCUUAAUUAAUUCGUAUCACGGAAAAAGUAGAUUAAGUGAUUCAGCAAGCUAUAGCUUACUGUGCGAGUUCGACGUCUAUAAUUAAGCAGAUUUAAUAAUUCAACAAAGAAAUUAUGUCUGAAAGCAAUUAUCAGUAUGAUCGUUGAACAAAUUCUGUGUUAUAUUAAAAAUUGCUAACAAGGUUAACAAGUUUUCUUCAUCAACGAUAAAAAUAUGUUAUCAUGGAAGUAUAUAUUUUGUUAAAAUUUUUAACCCAUACACUGAAAGAAAAAAUAUCUUUCAACAAAAAACCUG